AUGCCUCCUGGAUUUUCCAAAAAGCGCAAGGUCCUUGACGGUCUCAAGGGUGAGACCGGCCGCAAGAAGAAGUUCACCAAGCAACGCUUCUACCACAGCAGCUCUGAAGAUGAGGAAGACGACGACAAGUUCAAUGCCGUCAAUCUUGGCGACUCAGACGAAGAAGGAGGCGUUACAGUGAAGAAGCCCUCUGCUCUCGAUCUUCGCAUGAAGAAAGCCAAAGAAGCCAAGGAGGCACCCACACCGCAACCGAAAAAAUCAGACGCCAGCGACUCCGACUCCGACGAAGAAGAAGAGAUUGAGCUCGGAUCCGACGAUCUCGAAGACGAUGAUGACGAGAACGAUGUCUCCGGCAGCGACGAGGAACUAUCCGACUCUGGCUCCGCCGCAAAAGACGCCAAGCGCGGUCGUGCCGUACCCAAGCGCAACGACCCAACCGCAUUCUCAACCUCCAUUUCCAAAAUUCUGUCCACCAAGCUUCCAUCCUCCGCACGGGCUGACCCCGUUCUCUCGCGAAGCUCCUAUGCCUCGAAGCUUGCCGCCGAGGCCGCAGAUGAUAAGCUGGACAAGGCCGCGCGCGCCAAGAUGCGCGCCGAGAAGAAGGAAGAGCUGGACCGUGGUCGUAUCCGCGAUGUGAUGGGCAUCAAGAGGGGCCUGGCGGGUCCCGUGGCCGAGGAGGAAAAGCGUGUGCGCAAGAUGGCCCAGCGUGGUGUGGUCAAGCUGUUCAAUGCUGUGCGCGCGGCUCAAGUCCGGGGUGAGGAAGCCGCCAAGGAUGAGCGCAAGAAGGGCACAAUUGGUAUGGGAGAGCGGGAGAAGGCCGCUAAUGAGGUCAGCAAGCAAGGAUUCCUGGAGCUGAUCAAUGGCAAGAAGGGAAAGCCUUUGAACAUCGAGGAGGCUUGA